UGCAGCUUGGAGGUUACAUCGUUUUUCGUCUCCUUAUGGCUAUUUUUUCCGUUGCUGCGCUCUACGCAGCCGCUCUUCAUGGUGAGAGGACUGACACAGGGAUAUUGAACCAGUGGAAGUGGACUCAGCCAGAGGGGGUGUGUGUCUUUGGGCGUUCUACUGGAUGCUGCCAUGGUUGGAGGAAUGAGAGUGGCUUUUGCCAGCCUAUUUGUGUGAAGCCUUGCAUUAGGGGCAGCUGUGUCGGCCCUGAUGCCUGCUCCUGCCAAGAGGGCUACCAAGGCCAGCAGUGCAGUGAGGAUGUAAAUGAGUGUGGCCUACCCACAAGGCCUUGCUCUCACAGCUGUAUGAACACCAUUGGGAGCUACCGCUGUUACUGUGACCCAGGCUACUCCUUGAACAUGGACCAGACAACCUGUACGAAGGAGCCAAAAUGUUGGGCCUUGCGCUGCCAAUAUGGCUGCCAGAGUGUAGAGGGAGGUGGGCAUGGCUGCCUGUGUCCUCCAGGGCUCUCACUGGCUGCAGAUAACAGGACGUGCAAAGACAUAGAUGAAUGUGUGAGCUCACCUGAAGUGUGUCCAGUUCAUCAGACUUGUAAAAACACGUUUGGAAGCUUUGUGUGUGUCUGCAAACAAGGCUUCAUCCUCGGCACCCUGGACAACUCUAUCACAUGCAGAGAUCAGGAUGAGUGCUUGACUGGCAAACACCACUGCAGUCGGAAUGCACUGUGCACUAACACUGCUGGUUCCUAUCGCUGCCAGUGUCGGGAAGGGUUCUCAGGAGAUGGCUUCAUCUGCCUCAAGAGGAGAGCUGGCCAAUCACUCUCCAAGAUGUACUAUCAGUUCAAGCUGUCUAAAAGAACAGGGGCCAGACAUUACCGCCUCUGACCAAAGCAGCACAACAAUGCAUCACACUGGGGCUAGGAGGGUGAAGCGGUAAGCAAAAGGUCAUUCAGACAAGUUCAUGCACCAGGAGCUGAUUUUUGUCUUACCCAAACUGGCCCAGUGGAUUUCAGGUUUGGGACUGCUGACCAUCCUACAUUGUACUUGCUGUAGGCUGAGAUUCUGAUACCAGAACCUCAAGGACCUCAAAUAAACUGCUGAGCCAUUCUGAAGCCCUAAUAGCUGGUGCUUUAGACCUGAUCCCUGUAUUUAUCUGCUGCCUGUGAACAAAAGUGGACCUGACUUUGGACGUAGGCAGAUGGGAUGGUCACUGGUUUGUCAUUAGAUGUCAGUCAGUCAUUCAUUUGACACCCAUGCAGUCUGUCACUAUGGUCCCAUACAGCCCCCACAAAAAAAACCUUCUAAUGCUUCGCUUUUGAACUUCAAAGAUUAUAGAGAUUUGUUUUUACUCUUUUUUACACCAUUUUGAUAGACAAAUACGAUAUACUAGAAUUACACAGAUUUAAUUUAAUGUGAGAGAUGGAGUUUGUUUUACUAUUUGAUCUUAUUUGUGAAAACAUUCAGUUAAUAUUGUUUUACAUCUUUUCAUGUUGCUGUUGUCUUUCUGGAUGUACAUACAUGAUAUAAAUACAAAUAUUU